UUACGAUAACCUGUUUACAUUCGCAUUCUUGUCUUUCAGUCAUGAUUCAUUGGCGAAAAUCCGUGAGGAAUUGUGUUAAUUUCUGCCUCGAUCCUGCUUCUCGAAUGGGUAGCCACAAUUGCGACCAUGUCUCCCUUCCGACGAAAAAAGUCCGGUAAAUCUUUCCCGGUGAAGAUUUGUACUUUGGACGCAGAGUUGGAGUUCAAUCUUGAGUGGCGAGCAACUGGAAGAAAUCUGUUUGAUUUGGUUUGCCGCACCACAGGCCUCAGAGAAACCUGGUACUUCGGACUUCAGUAUGAGGAUUGUAAAGGUUUCAUAACAUGGCUGAAACUUGACAAGAAAGUGGUGGACCAGAGUGUUUCGGACAAUGCAACGGCAUCAUUUACGUUCCUUGCCAAAUUCUAUCCUGAAGAUGUUUCAGAGGAGCUCGUGCAGGAACUAACGCAGCAUCUUUUCUUCCUACAAGUAAAGCAAGCCAUCCUUGCAAUGGACAUAUACUGCCCACCUGAGGCGUCUGUCCUCCUUGCAUCCUAUGCUGUUCAAGCCAAGUAUGGAGAUUAUGAUGAAAUGACGUACAAGCCAGGGAUGCUGGCCUCUGAAGACUUGCUGCCUCAGCGAGUCAUCGACCAAUAUCAGAUGACCCCUGAGAUGUGGGAGGACCGCAUUCGCAUAUGGUACGCAGACCACCGGGGUAUGUCUCGCGAUGAGGCGGAAAUGGAAUAUCUCAAGAUUGCCCAGGAUCUUGACAUGUAUGGUGUAAACUACUUUCCCAUUUGCAAUAAAAAGGACACGGAUCUGUGGUUGGGUGUCACUGCACUCGGUCUAAAUAUUUACGAAAAAGAGAACAAAUUAAGCCCGAAGACGACCUUUCCUUGGUCAGAAAUUCGGCAUAUCAGCUUUGAUGAUAAGAAAUUUAUCAUCAAACCUGUAGACAAAUCAUCACCAAACUUUGUGUUCUUCUCUCAAAAAGUUCGCAUGAACAAACUAAUAUUAGAUUUAUGUAUAGGCAAUCACGAUCUCUUUAUGCGGAGAAGGAAACCUGAUUCCAUGGAAGUGCAACAGAUGAAAACACAAGCAAAAGAAGAGAAAUCAAGGCGUUUAAUUGAACGAAAUAAACUUGCACGUGAGAAGCAGUUACGAGAGGCUGCAGAGCGUGAAAAAGCAGCCAUGGAACAACGACUUCUUCAGUACCAGGAGGAAAUACGCUUAGCCAAUGAAGCAUUGCGGCGGUCUGAAGAAACAGCAGAUUUGCUUGCAGAAAAAUCACGGUUUGCAGAAGAAGAGGCCAUGCUACUUAGCCAAAAAGCAACAAAAGCUGAGAACGAGAUAACAAGGAUGAAGCUCACUGCAAUGAAGACGGAAGAAGAAAAGGUGACUUUGGAACGAAAAACGCGGGAAGCAGAGCAGCUAACAGCCCGGCUGGUAGAUGAGAGUGAGAAAAGAGCAGCAGAAGCUGACAGACUCAAAAAUGAACUUCUGCAUGCACGUCUCGCUGAGAAACAAGCCAAAGAAAAACUCCUUGAAUUCCUUUCUCGCAAUGCCUAUAACGCUUUUUCAACUUCUCCUGUGCUGGAGCUCCAGAGUUUGCAUCCUGAAUCGCCUACAUUACCUCCGUCGGAUCUCUCUCCACAGUAUGACCUUAUCACGAACAAUGAUGUCGAACAACUAUCUCUAGAAAUAGAAAAAGAAAGGGUGGAUUACCUAGAAAAGAGCAAGAAUCUCCAAGAUCAGCUGCGAGAUCUUCGAACAGAAAUAGAAGUGCUCAAGGUCAGUGAGAAGCAGAGUGACCUGGACACGCUUCAUGAAGAGCAAGUUCGGCUGGGAGAAACCAAAUAUUCAACCUUGAGGAGGGUGAAAUCCGGUUCAACGAAAGCUAGAGUGGCCUUUUUCGAAGAGCUGUAAUCACAACUCUCCUUUACUCAGUAUACUAAAAUACAUUUAUCCUCACAGUGCAAUUAUUCAUUUUGUUUGCAACUGCAGGUGCAGACGCAUUCACGAAUCAACUGAUAACCACAGUUAAGGUGCUAUUUUCAGUGUUGAAACUAUUUUGAACAUAAAUACUCUUUUUAUGAUAUAGCCAGUAGGGUAGAUAAUUUGAAAACUGGGCUUCAUUAAGCUAAAACAUUUGACCCUCACUGGGCAUAGAUAACAAUCGCAUAAAAAAAUUGACAAGCAAAAAAAGCAACACAUGUUUCUAUAGUGCUUUUCUUUUGAUACCAACUAAUUUUAGAACAGUAAAAGUCUUCUGUAAGUUAACUAUUAGAUAGUAGGAAAGUAGAUCCUUGAAUGUCUGUUGUAAAAUUAAAGUAUUGGAAAGGAGAUCAACCAAAACUGCUGAAAAAUCGUUUUCAAUAGCAUAUUAUAAUACCUACUGGCUGAAAAAUGUGGAAACUAGAAUUAGUCGGGGAAAGAAACUAUACUGAAAAAUUUCAUGUACAAGACUGGUUUUUUGUCCUCUCGCUCAAUUUCGGUUUAUCCUCCGAGUUCUUACUAUUAUAGGAACAAAGAUUAUUGAAAAUUAUUACGUUGAGCUGAUAAUUUUGACCUUUUUUUCAUAAUUGAAGAAGACCAUUAUUCUUCUCCUCAAAUAUCUUUGAAGGACUGAAAAAUAAGCCAAAAAGGGAAAAGUCCUUUAAAAUCCUAGUAUCAUCAGACAUAAGCCUUUGUGUAACUUGCCUCAAGUCAUUGAAUUUCUUCUCUGUUUUGAAUGUUUGGACUUAGGACCCUGUUGAAGUUAAAUUAUUAUUCUUUGAUCAACUUCAAAAUCAAUACUAUUCUCUUCUCAUUCCUCAAAAUGUCUUUCUUGGCUUAAUUUCGGAAGCUGUGUGAAUCUCUGUCCCCUGUCUAGAAAAUUAAUCAAAGAAAGAAUAAUAAUAUGAAGACGAAGGUUCAUAACCAAUUUUCGGUUUGUUUGCAAUGUGAUGCCUUAACCUAAGCCUGCUUUAUUUUGAUGCUGUUUGCCAUUCAUGUAUAUUUUUCUACAUAGCUGUUUUGUACAUAUUAUUUUGUAUAUUUCCGUUUGGAAGCUCUUUCCUAUUGUUACCAAUCGUCUUUUGUGUAAAUUGAACUAAUAUAAAUCCAAAUUUCCUGGUUUUCGCAGCAGCAAGUUCGGACCAUGGACUUUUGUGCAUGGUAUUAAGGCAGACACUCAUCACAAAUUGAACGAGAGAUGUAUCUUGCUUGUGUAUUCUCACUUAGUUAAUGUGAAUUCGAAACAGUUAUACCUAAUUUUUGAGUUAAAUUUCGAACUUUCUGUUGUGAAAAUCUUUUGCCUAGGAAGCAUGGAAAGUAGUGCUUCAAUUCACUGGCCUGUCAUUGGGAAUUUACCUACAAUCUAAAUCGGAUCAAAGCCUUGUCAAUAAUUUGUCUUAUUUAUUAUUGUUAAGUUUGUGCCAAAUAUCCAUUCAUUAUUAAAAGCUCAUGGUUUGUUGGUGGAGUAACCAUCAAAUUUCUGUUUCGAUCUGUAUUAAUGUGAGUCGAAUUAGUGCCUAGGAAGGCCUGUGAAUUUUUUAGUCUGUUUUGUUCAAUUUUUUAUCAGUUAAGUUGUUUUGGAAGUUCAUUCCAGAUAAAAAUCAAACUAAUGUAAUUGGCCAGCUGUGUUUCUUGAGGAAACGUGGCUUGGCCGUUUAACUGUAACAAAAUUUCUCGGGAAAUUGAAUCAAAGUUAUGUAUGGUAUGAUUGUCAUUAAAGCGUUCAGUUAUUAGUGUCGCAAAUUUGUAAUGGUUUGAUUUAGAUCAUGGUAUCUAUUCAUCUGAACCCUUUAUAAAAGCAGUGUAUUUUUCAGAUCAAUUUCUCUCAUUCGUAUCAGUUUAAUUUAGAUGAACUUCCAACUGAUGAUUAGUAAUCAUUUGAAGUUACCUCAUUUAAAAUAAGUGUUUUGCAGAAAACACUUUCUAGCUGUUUUUUUGGAUUCUGACCACAUAUACGGCACAAACCAAUUCCAUUGAUUGGAUACAAUGUGUUACUGCCGUUAAUACCGUUUUUUAAAUUGGAUAAAGAACAGUAAGGUCUAAUUAAUUUUGUUGUUUUAAAAUCUGAAGAGUUGUUUCCACUAUGAAACCUUCAAAUUUACAUUCCCGAGGAACUUUGAUGAAUGCUUGUGCGCGCGAGCUGCUCACGAAUUUUGACAGUUAUCACUCACUUUUUCUUGAUGAGCAACGCCUUAUGUUCCCAGGGAUUCCUGUUCCCGUUACCAGCACUCAAUUUUUCUAAAAAAGUUAGAUUUGCAUUCGAGUGAGCUUGCAAUACGCUACUUUAAUUUUAUUUUCUGCACUUGCCUGAAUCAAUUCUGAUCAAAAUUGUAAAUAUGAGACCUUAAUGGAAGUUUAGAAGUGUUUGAGAUAUAGUCGAGAAUUCCUCAAGAAAGUCCUCUUGAUGGCUUCAAAUCUAUCGAGGGUGAAACUGCAGGAAUGUGUAUCUCCUUUGCGGUGUCUCAAAACCCUCACUCCCAUUUUAUUUUAUCAUUUAAGCACUAAUCAAGGCUACUGCUUGAAAUUUCCCUAAAAUAUUAAUCACUUGGAGAAGUAAAAUCGAGCGAGUUUCCGAAGAACAACAAGGAGUGCUUCUUCAUUUAAAAAGGAAAAGAAAGACAGAAAAUCUUCAACAUUGCAAACCAAGAUACGCAUUCCUCCAGCUUCACUGCUGAUGUACUAAGUUCAUUUCUGUAACUUUCUAAUCUUCAAUGUAAAUUUUUGCCUUGAAAAUUGUGAUAGUCGACUGUUUUUUCAAUUAAUUUUAGUUUAUUAACUCACCUAACCAGAUGGUAUGAGUUGACAAAACUUGGAUUGUUUUAGGUGUCAUAGCAACUCCAAGAGUUGCUGCAAUUUUUUAAUGUUUUAGCUUGGCAGGUUGAAUUUGUAGGUUUAGGGCUGUAUUCAUAGUCGUUCUUUGAAAGUCAAGGCAUCCUUAAGCCGUAAGAAUUAGUUAGUUAGUUAAUUACAUCGGUGAGGGAGACCUUAAUAUAUACGGAACGACUUCGACUAUGACAGCUACUAAGAGAACAAAGAAGUAAAAUUGAGCCUGUGUAUUUUUUUCCAUCUGCAUUUAUAUUCUGAACACCAGUGAACUGGAGAGGUGUCGUGGAGAACAGGUCUCGCUUCCCAAACUUUUGACAACAUAUUUUUGUCUAACUGUCAAAAUCUACAAAAACAGCCUGCUUUUUUUACAAGCGCUUUUUACUUUCAUUUCAUUUUAUUUAAGAUUCUAAAUUUUUAGCAAUAAAACGCUCUGAGAAGGCAAA